UCAUUUUUCGAUCAGCCUCUGAGUAAUCAUGUCGCAUUCUAUUAAUAGUAUUUUUGUGGCAAUUGCAAUUGUGGCAGUAGUAAGUGUGGUAUUUGCUAGCCACGAUGGCACUACAAGCUUUGGGGUAUUGAAACCAGGUGCCAAAUUAAUACACAAGGAGGAAAUUGUAGAGUCCAAAAAGUUUCUGCGCGUCGUCACAAGAAAAGUUCACUUUAAGCCUCAGCCUUUCAAAUUGAGCGCCAUUGUGAUCACCGAUCACAGUGAAUCGAAUGGAGGAACAGCUUCGCUGCUCGAAGGAGGACCACCUGGCAAGUUUGCCGUGAUUGGUUUCAGAUCCAAACGAAAUCACGGUCUGAAUUUCACACUGGAGAUAUACAGCGCUGCAGUUUGAGUCUCAAAUGAUAAAUUUGACUAAAAAUCUAUCUAUUUCUGUAAGAUACCGUAAGAUGCUGCAAUAAAUUGUUUUCUGGAA